AUGGUAGCAACACCAAAAAUUACCAAUAAAAAAGUCACAUCCAGCAUGGAACAAAUAAAGCUAUCCUUUGGUAACGAUUCUAAUAAAGUUGGCAUGAUGUCCAGCACUUUUCCAGAUAUCAGCCAUUAUAUGGAUGCUAUUACACACGAGCCAUCCUCCUUGAAAUCUGGUGGAAUGAACGACGUCACCUUAUUUGACCCUGAUGAAUGGCUUGCAAAUGAUCUCGAGCAAUUUAUAUCCGAGGGAGAAGAUGGAUUAUUAUUUCCUUCUGAAACUUCUACCACGAGUUAUGAUGUUUCGCCUGCUUUGUCCUCUUCAAUUCCCACUCCUUCUCUACCUUUCGAUAGCACCAUCGCGUCUCGUGAAUUUGAUUCACCUCUAUUUGGUCAUCCAACUUUCUCAACAAGUCCAAUACUCGAGCCAGCUAUAGGCUUUUUCCCUGAACUUUCUGACGGGAAUAAUCCAAAAUUGCAUUUGGCUUCUAUUGUGCCUUCGGUUACAAUUCCUGUAGAUCCACUUUCAUUGUCUAUUCGUCAACCAGGCUUAACAUCUGCCUUGAACAUUCCUUGGGGUUCUGAUGUUACCAAUACACCAAACAUUGUUUCCGAUGGAACUACAUCAUUCGUUAACAGUCUCAUAAAUACUCGGAAUACUAGGAUGUCUCCUUUAAGUUCUACAAAAUCUCCUCCUGCAGUAAUAGUACCUUCUAAACCGUCUCAAACCAAGCCUGCAAGUGGCCGAAGUCGUAAACGUUCUGAAAAUGAUGUUGAGAAAGAUCCUGAAACUGUCUCCGAAGAGUUGGCCAUCAAGCGCGCCAAAAAUACUGACGCUGCUAGAAGAAGUCGUCUUCGCAAAGUUAUGAAAAUGGAUUCUUUAGAAAAACAGGUUAAUGUGCUCAAAGUUGAAAAUAGUGAACUUCAAACUCGAAUUGCGGUUUUGGAGAGUGAGAAGAAGGGCUUAGAAGAAAAGAACAUUGAUAAAGAUAACAGAAUUAGGUUGUUGGAGCAACAAUUAACUGAGGCACAUGAAAGGUUAAUUAAUAGGUCAUCUUAA